UGGAGCCAGCCCACUAUGGACGGAAACCUCUACAAAACUGUGAGCCAAAGUAAAUCCUUCCUCUUUAGAUUUGCGGGCGUCAGUAACUGUGUUCCAGUGACAAGCAGCCCCGGAAUGUUGGCCACCGCUCUCCUCGUCCUGCUUUGCGCCUCCACCUCUGCCAGCGCCCUCCAGGCGAGGGCCUCCUCCUAUAAUGGAGAGUAUGGAGGUGGUGGAGGAAAGCGCUUCUCCCACUCGGGGUACCAGCUGGAAGGCCCUAUCACUGCCCUCCGUGUCAGAGUCAACAGAUACUUCAUUGUAGGGCUACAGGUGCGUUAUGGGAAGGUGUGGAGCGACUACGUGGGCGGCAAAUCUGGAGACCUCGAGGAGAUCUUUCUGCACCCCGGGGAGUCAGUGAUCCAGGUUUCCGGCAAAUACAAGCUCUACCUGAGGAAGCUGGUCUUUGUGACGGACAAGGGCCGCUACCUGCCUUUCGGGAAGGACACAGGCACGAGUUUCAACGCCCUCCCCCUGUACCCCAACACUGUACUCCGAUUCAUCAGCGGCCGAUCCGGGUCCCUCAUCGAUGCCAUCGGCCUGCACUGGGACACCUACCCCAGUGACUGCAGCAGCUGCUGAGCUCACCUCCAAGGCAGGGCCGUGAAAACUCCAUCGCUAACCCCAUCCCAAUGGCUUAAUAAAAGGACACGGCUAUGGCUGGUUUGUA